AUGGCUGCCUCAACAUCACCCCGAGUUUUACGGAUGGCGGGUUCCUACUACCGCAAAGAUGGUGUUUCAGAGGAAGCAUUCCACGCAUUUUGCGCCGGGGAUCAUGCAAUCAAAGCUGCCAAAAUCCACGAGCGUUAUGGGAUCUUGAGCUAUCAAGUGGCCUUCAGCACCGCCAGUACGCGCGCAGUAACAGCUAGCCUUGGACUUCCGUGGAAGAUUGAUGACCAUGAUUUGAUCAUUGAGUAUUAUUUUCGCAGCAUCGCCGACUUGUUGGCGAUUUCGGGAGAUGCCGACUUUAAAGCUCUACACGUAGAUGCGAUGGACUUCAUCACCAUCGACAACACGACUGUCAGUCUAACAUGGGUGGAAACAUAUUUGAAGGAUGGAAGGUUGACGAAUGUGGGAGAAGAUGGCAAAUCUAUGUACCAGUCUUUUGCAGAACUAUCUGCCCUUGACAUGUCUGAUAAAUUCGCAAGCAAGUACUAUUGA